GGACGGAAUCCCCACCACCCUCCUCCUUCACGCAGGACCGACCGCUUUAAAAAAAACAAACCUCACACUGACGCGCCGCGCACGUCUCCAGCUUGGCGUCCACGGCCAACGCCAUCAGUCCCCUCACAACACACACUCACCCACUCUUGACGGGAAUACAUAACGCGACGGCAGGUUUGCAAGGAUAAUGGUUUAGGGAGGCUUGUUGUUCUGGCCUGUUUCGGGAUCCGGAUUCACUUUUCUGCGCCACGGCUCUUGAUCAGCCGAGCUACAAGUCUCCUUUGGGAGGUAAAACAAGCUGUUCAGCGCAUCUGGCUGUGUUCUAACUGCCGCUGAUCAUGACUUCGCAGGGCACUUCGAAGGGAGCACAAUCCAUGCAGUAGGGUAGUUCCAAAUGGAAUUUCCAAAAAGAAUUGCUUCAACAGGCCAUACGCUGAUAUGCGCUGACAAAGGAUCGACACCUCAGGAUUCAAUGUGACAGUCUGACAACUUUUUGUGGUUGUGGCUCAUUGUCAUUUCUCAGUACAAAAAAGUGGAGGGGAGGGGUAAAGAGAGAAAACCUCCCAGCUUCUCUCUUCCAAUGUCCCAGAGACAGUAUGACUGCUCUCAGGGCAUCAAACUGCUGAGUGUGGGCUCAACCGUGUCCACUUCUGUCCCUACCCCUGAAACCGCCCUCCCACUCUCUUUCACCCAGACAUGGAGGUGAGGCUCUGGACGACGACUGAUGUCUCUGAUUGGCUGACUGAGGAGGGCAUGCAAGAGUAUUCAGAUGCGUUGGGUAACAUGGAUGGCCCUGCCCUCUUGCAUCUCUCUGAGGAGGACUUCAAAGCCCCGCCCUUGUCAUUGGUCACUGGGGACGGUGGUCGGCAACUGUUGGAUCGAAUAGAGACUUUGCGCUUCACCAGCCAUAUGAAGUCCCAUAAGAGCAACAACCAUGAAAACAGUCAUCACACAAAUGGACACGCCGGCAUCAUGCUUGCCAAUGGCAGUGUUAGCAACGGGAAGAUCCUUAAUGGUGGUAAUAAGAAUGGAUACCACUCGGAGCCAGUUCGCAUCUUGAUUCCGUUGCCCUCUGAGCAGGAGCGCACACCAUUUCCCACAGAGUGGUUCAAAACAGGUGUGGCCUUCCUGUACGCUCUGUGCUGCUUUGUCACAACAACAGUUGUGAUCUCAGUGGUGCAUGAGCGCGUCCCCCCCAAAGAAGAGUCCCCACCCCUGCCAGAUAAGUUCUUUGAUCUGUUUGAUCGUGUGCAAUGGGCGUUUUCCAUCUGUGAGAUCAAUGGGAUGCUGCUUGUGGGACUGUGGUUUGCACAGUGGUGUCUGCUCAAACACAGGUCCAUAAUUGGCCGGCGGUUCUUUUUCAUCGUUGGCACUCUGUACCUAUACAGAUGUGUGACCAUGUAUGUUACGACGUUACCUGUGCCAGGCAUGCAUUUCAAGUGCUCUCCUAAGCUUUUUGGUGACUGGGAGGCCCAGUCGCGGCGGGUAAUGAAAAUGAUGGCAGGUGGUGGCUUGUCAAUCACCGGCUCCCACUCUUUGUGUGGAGAUUACCUAUACAGUGGACACACAGUAAUGCUGACCCUAACAUAUCUAUUUAUUAAAGAGUAUUCUCCACGGAGGUUCUGGUGUUAUCACUGGUUCUGCUGGUUCUUGAGUGCAGUUGGUAUCUUAUGCAUAUUGUUGGCUCAUGACCACUACACCAUUGAUGUUGUGGUGGCCUACUUCAUAACUACACGCCUCUUCUGGUGGUACCAUACAAUGGCCAAUCAGCAGGCUUUAAAGGAGAAUUCCGCUAGCAACCUGUUAUCUCAUGUCUGGUGGUUUGGGCUAUUCCGGUACUUCGAGAGUAACGUCCGGGGCAUUGUGCCUCGAAACUUCCAGCUGCCAUUCUUGUGGCAAACAUUGACGACUAUCCGGGUUAAGUACAGCAAGCUGGACUGCCAUGAGUCGUGACUCGUGGCUCCUGAUUGGCUGGAGCUCUGUGAGACUCUUAAGAGAGAAACUACUCAUCCCUUCAACCUCUGCCAAAUUUCGUUGAGCACUGUGAUGCAUAUACACCUUUUAUUUAGUAAUAUUCUAAGCAUUUUAAUGGCCUAGCGGGUCUGUAUAUGUAGAAUGGAGCAUCUAACAACUGGAUUUGAUUUGCUGCUCUGUUAUAGUUGUUAAAUAAUGCUGGCAAGAUGAACUAUGUAAUCAGGCCAUCAUCUUACCGAGAACUAAGCCUUCCUGCUGUAUUCUCAAUGGACAAGGUCCAGCAAAAUAUGUUACUUAAGGUUUAUUUACCUGCCAAAACUGUAUUGAAUAACCUGAAAUACUUAUAGAACAAGAUUUUCUUUUUAAGAAGCAAUUUUUUGUAAGGAUUUUUCUAAAUAUUUCACAGGUUUACUAAAAACAUGACGUCCAAAUAGAAUAUCUUUUUUUAGAUUUGUACCUUCCUGAAAGCUGGGGCACAUAUACCGUAGCUUCAGAGUUUUAUAGUGCCUUUAUUCCAUACAGUCAUACACACACACACACACAUAUCAACAUACAAACACUUGUAAUAUACUCGUAUACACACAUUAAUACAUCCACAUUUUUUCAGUAUCAUCCAUUGGUCUAGGAAAGAGAGUUAUCAGAAUAGAGUAAUAAAGAAUUAGAGAAGAGACAAAGAGAAUGGCAGAGAGUGUUAGGAACAGUGUGUUUACAUCAGGAUAUAGUGGUGGUUUGACAAAACACUUCACAAAAUUUGAAUGGCAUGACUAACCUGAAUUAAAUGUCCCAAGUUUUAACCAUGGGCUGAUUCUUGGACAUUGAUGAAGUUGAUGAUUGUUAAUAAAGAAUCACAGCUAACAAUAAUAAAUCUUUGUUUUGGAAACCACCCUAAUAUUAAGGAAAUGCAGGUUGUGCCCCUCGACUGAAUGUUUACAAUAUUACCUCCCUGUUAUGUUUACAUGCAUUGGCAAUCUCCAUUGAUAAAGACUAGUAAGUGAUUAGUUUGGUAAGACACAAGUUAUUAGAAGGGUUAUUCAUGUUCAUAUUAAGUGUGUCUGCCCAAAAUGUGCUUCCGGAACUAAACCAGAAACUGAUGGUACUUCUAGGCAUUUUUGACAGGUAGACUGAAUGAUAUUUAAGACAGUUAUGGAACGACUAUUGAGUCACUGAAGUGUUAUUGUGAUUGUACACAGUUCAUCUUAAUGGAAAAUCAGAAGCACUUUAAAAUGAUGCCCAGCCAAACAAUUAUUUAACACUGCACAGCGAUGAACUGCAGAAUAAAAACAUUAUUUUUCUUUCCAAAGAUAUAUAUAUAUACACACACACCGAUCAGCAUUUACUCAAAAUGGUGCCAAAAACAUCCAGUGAGUGGCAGUUCUGUGGACGGAAAUGCCUUGUUGAUGAGAGAGGUCAACAGAGAAUGGCCAGACUGGUUAGAACUGACAAAUUCUACAGUAACUCAGAUAACUGCUCUGUACUAUUGUGGUGAGAAGAAUAUCACCUCAGAAUGCUAUUCUGAGAGGCGGGUUGGCGAUGUUUUGGCGGCAUGAGGAGAACCUACACAAUAUUAGGCAGGUGGUUUUUAUGUUGUGGCUGAUUGGUGUAAAUAUUAGUAACUGACCUCGUAGUUGAGAUUUAUUCACCCCUUAAUGUUAUAUACUAAUGGCGUUUUUUAUGCCAUCUUUACGAAACUGACAACAUUCAGCCUGGCAUGUAUGUAGGCAUGCUUAGGUGAAAAAAUUCACAUACUGUUUAGUGUGGCUAUGGAUGGCUGUGGUAUGCCACAGUUUUGUUUUGUUUGUUUUUUUGGCCUUGGAAAGCAAUGGUGGGUUAGAAAAGAUUUUAAAAAAUACUUAAUUGGAAAAUAAAGAUUGUUCAGAUGUUAAUUAAUCUUUUGAUUAUGUUGCCAAAUGUUAUAAGAAGUAAACAGAGUGUUGGCUUGUUUUGUCUUUGAUAUGACAGUAAAUAUAUGCAUGUUUUUUUCUUUUAAUCGUCAAUCAUCAAUCUAGCAUUGUCAAUUUACUUGUCAAUUUGUUUAUAUAUAUAUAUAUAUAUGUGUGUGUGCGUGCGUGCGUGCAUGUGUGUAAACCAGGUUAUUUUUGUGCUAAACAAUCUCUUAAUAUUAGAAACGGAGUGGGACAGAUAUUGAAUAAAACUUUUAAAAUUCUG